AUGACUGUUAUUGAAGGGCAUAAUUCUAAAAUCACAGUUUAUGUUGUCUCAUGUUGGAUUCUUGCUGCCUUUGGUGGCUUAAUGUUUGGUUAUGAUAUUGGUAUUUCAGGAGGAGUUUCUGCGAUGGAUGAUUUCCUCAUAUUGUUUUUUCGGAAUGUGUAUGAAAGAAAGAAAACUGCAAAAGAGAAUAACUACUGCAAGUAUGAUGAUCAAUUUCUCCAACUCUUCACUUCAUCCUUGUAUUUAUCGGCUCUUGUUGCGAGUUUUUUUGCUUCAAAGGCAGCCACUAAAUUAGGGAGGAAGAUUACUAUGAUGAUGGCUUCACUUAUUUUCAUAGCUGGUGCUGUUUCGAGUGCCGCGGCACAAAACAAAAAAAUACUCAUUCUUGGUAGAAUUUUGUUUGGCAUUGGUAUUGGCUUCGGAAAUGAGACUGUUCCGCUGUUUUUAACUGAAGUAGCACCAAUCCAACACAGAGGAGCUGUGAAUAUUCUCUUCCAACUCUUUAUAACAAUAGGAAUAUUGAUAGCAAAUCUUGUCAACUUUAUAACCGUAAAUAUUCAUCCAAAUGGUUGGAGGAUCUCACUUGGCUCUGCAGUUGUGCCUGCGGCGAUUCUUUUUAUUGGUACCUUUGUGAUCAGUGACACCCCCAUGAGUUUGGUUGCACGUGGCAAGCCGGAGAAGGGAAAGACUGCCCUCAAGAAGAUUAGGGGUGUCACUGACGUUGAUGUUGAGUAUGAAGAAAUCGUGGCAUCAUGUGAACAAGCCAAACAAGUUAAGCAUGCGUUCCGUAACUUAACACAGCCUCCUAGCAUUCCACCACUUGUGAUUGCCAUCAUGUUGCAGAUCUUCCAGCAAUUAACCGGAAUCAAUGCCAUUAUGUUUUACGCACCUGUCCUGUUUCAGACUAUGGGAUUCAAGGGCAGUGGCCCACUUAUUUCCGCUGUAGUGACUGGACUUGUUAAUGUUCUCAGUACAUGUGUUGCAAUCGUUGCUGUUGACAAGGUUGGAAGGAAAAAAUUGCUCAUCCAAUCUUGUUGCCAAAUGUUAAUCUGUCAGGUUGCGAUUGGAUUCAUUUUGGUAAAUAAUUUGUCGAAGACAGGAGGGUUGGACAAGACACUGGCAAUAAUAGUGGUGAUUCUCGUGUGUACGUAUGUAAUGGCGUUUGCAUGGUCAUGGGGACCACUUGGUUGGUUAAUUCCAAGUGAGACGUUCCCAUUGGAAACAAGGACAGCUGGUUUUGCAUUCGCGGUCAGCACAAACAUGCUCUUCACUGCUAUCAUUGCACAGUCUUUCUUGACUACACUCUGCUUUAUGCAAGCCUAUACUUUCUUCUUCUUCUCUGCCUGGAUCUUAAUCAUGGGAGUUUGCGCCAUCUUCUUAUUGCCUGAAACUAAGGGAAUCCCGAUUGAUGCCAUGGUGGAAAGAGCCUGGAAGAAGCACCCUGUUUGGAAGAAACUCUUCUAGAAUGCAUCGUUUUUAUAAGAUGGAUUAGGAUAUCAGUUUUUGUGAACA